CUCUCCCAGUCUUCCGGGUCUGUCCUCGAAGGCUCCCUACAAGAAGCCUUCGGGAAUGCCUAAACGGCAAAUAUCGUCGGGCCGAAAGGCUUACUCCGACUGGCGCAUGGCUACCAAGAUUUUGGAGCGCUAUGGCGGUCAAGAUGCUUCUCAGCUUACUGAGAAACAUUUGAAAACGCUCGAGUGGGCCAAAGGGGUGCUGUGUGGCCGGGAUGAGAAGGCUAAGAACCCGACGAAAGGAGACGCGAGUGCGCCUCCUACGGGUCCUAAGAGACAAAGGUCUCAAGAGGGAGAAGGCUCCCACGCAAAAAGACCCAGAAAUGGGGUUGCGCCUGCUCUGUUCAGCGAAAUCGCUAAGCAGGCGGGAUCAACUACCCUGGGGGUCCUCGAUCGAGGCAGAGAAGAUGGCACCAUAUCCAGGGAAAACUGGAGGCGCGUGGCAGCGGCCAUCUCCUCUGUCUUUCUAAGGGUGGUCAGAGGAAACCCUGGUCCACCUCCGCGCUGUGAGGAUGGUGGGUGGCAUCAUGGCAUCCACAAAAGAAUUGUAUGCGCCGACGAGCGGUCGGCAUCGUUAUACAAGUCUGCAGUGUCUCUGGUGGGGGAGGUUUGGGAGGGCGCCAAGCUGGAAGCCGUGGAGGAAAAGGAUCUUCCUGCCCGCCCGCGGGCCCGUGUCUGGCUCCCCCCCGAGCCCUCCGCACCGGAGGAGAUUGAGGAAAUCCUCCGUUACUGCAACCCGCAACUGCCCACGCACAACUGGAGGGUUGUCAGAUUCGAGGGGUCCGAGGAUUCCGAGGAGUCGCAUCGGCAAGCGCUGAUUCUACUCAAUGCGGAAUCCCUCGGCCCUCUCGCUGAGUCCAGGGGAGUCAUCACCUAUGGAUUCGAAAGGGUAGUCCUUAGGGUCUACCAAUCCGAUUCCAGGGGUGAUGGCUCACAACCUCCUGAGGUGCUGGAAGCACGUGAGCCCGCGGCGGAGGAAGCCCCCAUGAGCAUGGAGGUGGAAUCCGUCGUGUCGGGGGCCGAAAGUGCUGAGGAUGCCCUCUCAACGGAGGGAUCCGUCGUCAGCAUCGGACGGUUCUACGACAGGGCGGAGGAAGAGAGGCUCUUAGCCUCAGUAAACGAGGACGUCGAACUGGCGUGGCUGGAGCGGACUUUGGAGGAUGAAGAUCCUGCAAAUAAACCUCCAACAUUCUAAGGCGGCGUCCGCAAAUCUCCUUAUCCACCUUGAGCAAGGUGGAGCCGAUGUAGUCCUGAUCCAGGAGCCGUGGCUAAGCAGUAGCGGUAUCUCCGGGAUCAGGACGCCUAAUUUCAAGCUGAUGGUGCAGAAUCAAGCAGCAACGAGGACAUUGUGACUGUCAGCCUGGAUAGCGGUGCCGGAAAGCUCUGGAUCAUAUCCGCUUACAUGGCUCAUGAUGACGAGGUGGAACCACCUCCAUUACUGCUGCGUGAAGCCAUAGCCGAAGCGAGGCGAAGGAAAGCCGACGUAAUUAUUGGGUCGGAUGCAAAUUCACGACACUCGUGCUGGGGAAGCUCAGAUAUAAAUGCAAGAGGUGAGUCACUUUUUGAUUAUAUUCUAAGUGAAGACUUAUGUAUCUGUAAUAGAGGAAACGAACCGACCUUUAUCACCGCGGCAAGGCAAGAGGUCCUUGACCUCACCCUAGCCUCGUCUUCUGUAAUAUCCCGCGUUUCCGACUGGAGGGUUCUUA